UUCCUGUGGAUCAGGUCCCUUGUGGACCUUUUAAGGAAGCAUGCAUAUCUGAGAUUUUGUGUAAACUCUUGGCCUGGCACGUUCUAGUCUAUUCCUCAGAAUCGUCUGCAGGGUGCGCGCCUGAACUCUUCCUCCUCCUCCUCCUCCUCCUCUCCUCUCCUCCUCCUCCCUCCCUCCUUCACCGUGCGCUCUGGUCCUCCUCUGCGCGCUCUGUGUCUCGCCUCGGACAAACUGCGGCGGGGCUCUGGAUCACCAAAAGUUUGCCGAAUCGCUGUAGAGGAACCGGGCUUGGGGCCGGAGUGGUUCGGUGUUUGUUUUCUCGGGGAUUUGGGGAGUCGCGUUUUGUACUUUUGUUAGUGUUUUUGCAGUUGAACCAUGGAGACUCUCAGAGCUCUCCUCGCGCUGCUGUGCGUUUUCCUUGCUGGAGCGCAAACGCAGGUCCAAAUCAACAGGUUUGCGGAUUGUCCGGUUGACCUUUUCUUUGUACUGGAUACGUCUGAGAGUGUCGCCCUCAGGCAGAAACCUCAUGAAUUUUAUAUUGACCAGAUCAAAACAUUCACCAAUAACUUCAUAGAUGAACUUAAGGAAAUGCGCCACCGAUGUGACCGCACCCUCACGUGGAACUCAGGAGCGCUGCACUACAGUGACGAGGUCAAAAUAGUUCGGGAGCUCAGCGACCUCAGGACGCAACGCGACGCGCUGAAGUCGGACAUCAGGGGCAUCGACUACAUCGGCAAGGGAACAUACACCGACUGCGCCAUCAAGAGAGGCCUCGCAGAGCUGCUCGUUGGCGGCUCCCACUACCAUGAGAACAAAUACAUCGUGGUGGUGACUGAUGGUCAUCCUAUCACUGGCUACAAGGAGCCGUGUGGAGGCGUGCAGGAGGCAGCAAAUGAAGCCAAGCAGCACGGAGUCAAAGUGUUCGCUGUCGCCAUCAUGCCUGAUCAUGAGGAAACCAGGCUGCUGCUGAUCGCCACAGACCAGAACUACAGACAGAACUUCACCGCUGCAGACGACGCCAGGUCCAGCAAGAUGGGAACCAUCAGAACCAUCAUCGAUAUGAUCACAAACGAGACCAAGGAUACGUGUUGCUCCUUUGACUGCAAUGCUCCAGGAGGACCUAAAGGACCAAUAGGAGACGCUGGCUCUAAGGGAGAAAUAGGUAGACCAGGAAUGCCAGGAGAGAAAGGAGACAUUGGUGCCAUGGGCAGCAUUGGAGAUCCUGGUCCAGUUGGUUACAGUGGGAUGAAGGGAGACCGUGGUGGCAGAGGAGAAAAGGGAGAAAGAGGACACAAAGGCUACAAGGGAGACAAAGGUCUUCGGGGAACGGAUGGAGUCGAUGGACGCAAGGGUGAGGCUGGUUUCGCUGGUCUUCCCGGCUGUAAAGGAUCUCCUGGAUCAGACGGCCAGCAGGGAGAGCCUGGACCGAAGGGAGACGCUGGUUCUUAUGGAGAGAAAGGAGCAAAAGGAGAUUUUGGAAGAGACGGCGGUCCAGGAAGGCCUGGGAACGACGGCCCACUGGGACCUCAGGGCGAUCGGGGCCCUCCAGGAAACAACGGGGACAAAGGAGAACGUGGUGAUGACGGAGCACCAGGACCCGAUGGAGGCCGCGGCGAGAGAGGACUAGUUGGAGAGAAGGGCGAGCAAGGUUCCCGUGGAAACAGAGGGCCAAGAGGAGACCCGGGGGAUCCAGGACCCCGUGGAGAGCAGGGCAGGGAGGGCUCAGCUGGCCCCAACGGAGACCCUGGCGAGGCUGGCAGGGCCGGGGCUCCUGGCUACAGAGGAGACGAAGGACCACCUGGACCAGAGGGACCCAAAGGACCGAGAGGAAUCAAAGGAGCUCCAGGAGACCGAGGCCAGAUGGGGGAGAGGGGAGAAGAUGGUGCACCAGGAAAUGGGACUGCAGGUUGUCCUGGUUUCCAGGGUUAUCCUGGGCCCCGCGGAGACUCUGGUGAGCCUGGUGGCAAGGGAACCCCUGGACCCAAAGGAGACGACGGAGACGCCGGAGAUCCAGGACCUGAUAACAACCAACCAGGACCUGCAGGAGCUAAAGGGGCCAAAGGUCACCGAGGACCCGAGGGCAACCCGGGACCUUCUGGGCCUCCAGGACCACCAGGAACUGAUGAAUGUGAGAUUCUGGAUAUCAUCAUGAAGCUCUGCUCUUGUUGUGAGUGUAAGUGUGCAGCUCUGGACCUGGCCUUCAUCGUGGACAGCUCAGAGAGUAUCGGCAUCACCAACUUUGAUCUUAGCAAAGACUUUAUCAUCACAGUCAUAGACAGACUCAUCAAAGACCAGCAGCUCAAGUUUGCAACCAAUGACUCCGGCCUGAGUGUGGUCCAGUACAGUGGAUCCAAAGCCCAAGAAGUUGUCCGACUAGGCAGCGGCAACAUUGGUAGCCUCACCGAGUUUAAACAGGCGGUGAGAGACCUGAGGUGGCUGGCUGAAGCCACGUACACCGGAGAGGCUCUAGAGUUUGCUCUGGACAAGUCAAUCAAACUGAUGACACACGAGAACAAAGUGGUGAUCGUUCUCACAGACGGACGCUCCGACAUCGACAGGGACAAGGUUCCCCUCAACGUUCUCUGUGGUAAAGGCCUCCGGGUGGGCGGUCUGGGAGUGAAGGACUACUCGGGCCGUGUUCCCAACCAGGAGCAGCUCGGUGAACUGGUUUGUAAGAGUGACCCUAAACCAGGCUUUUCUUUCAUCCUGGACAAUGCUGCCGAGCUGCUGGAUGACACUUUCCUGCAGAACCUCACGUCCAGAAUCUGUCUCGAAAAGAGGUGCCCAGACUACAAAUGUGCCAUCUCUUUCACUGAAAGCGCCGAUGUCCUGAUGAUGAUGGACAGCUCGGCCAGCGUCGGCCAGAAGAACUUCGACACCAGCAAAACCUUCGUCCGCAACGUGGCCGAGCGUUUGCUGACCGGCGAGAGGAAGCGUGGCGUCAACGUGCGGGUGGGUCUGGCCCAGUACAGCCGCAGCGCCCGCAUGGAGCAGGCGCUCACCAACAACCUGACGCUGCUGCUGCACCACACGGAGGAGGCCGCCUUCCAGAACGACGGCACCAACGUGCUGGAGGCCAUGGACUUCGCCAUCAAGAACCUACGAGGCCGCGGAGACGCGUCGGGAGGCAAGAGGAAGCUGGUUCUGUUCUCCGACGGCCGCUCCCAGGCCGUCACCAGGGCGCUGCUGGAGACGCGCGUCCGCGAGGUGGCGGACGCCGGCAUCGAGCUCUUCGUCAUCUCCGUCGGCAGCCAAGUCAACGAGGCCAACCUGCGCACGCUGGUGAGCCGGGGCCGGCCCGACGACAUCACCUACGGCCAGCGCCACCUCUUCCGUCUCCCGGACUACGCCUCGCUGCUCCGCGGCGUCUUCCACCAAACCGUCUCCCGCAGGGUGUCCCUGUCCACGCCCUGAGGGACGCCAACAGGACCAACACGCUUUAGAUUUUUAGUCCCAAUAUGAAUAUUCACUCUUUUACCAUACACUGUGUUAAAAAAAAUGUCACCAAAUGACAAAUGACUGUCUGGCAGAAAAAAAUGUAAAUGUCUUGAUGAAAUCGCCCCGAGACAUUUUUACCCUGAAUCACGCCUGUAGAACCUGAUUUUGAAAUUCCCGAUAAUUUAAUAAAAAUCUGCACUUGAGUCCAUUGAAAAUGUGAUAAAACCUGAUAAUGUAAUAACUUCCCGAUAAUGUAAUAAAGUAUAACAUUAAUGGAAGGUUUUUGAUCAAAUCAAAGAUGGCGGAAAAUCCAAUAUGGCCGAAAAAACCCAUUGAGGAUGCAUUGAGCUGGGAUUGGCCCAAGGGUUCCAGUGAUACGGGUCAAAAGUUAAUAAACAUUCAACUUUGACCUGUUGGUUAAUGUUACACUUUAUUACAUUAUCAGGUUUUAUUACAUUUUCAAUGGACUCAAGUGCAGAUUUUUAUUACAUUAUCGGGAAUUUUUUACAUUAUCAGGUUCUACAACGCCUCCGAGGCAGAUUAUCUCAGGCUGUGUACAUUUUCCACCUCUGGAAAUAAUCCGUCUAAUGAUCCUCUUAUGCUGGGAUCAUUAAGAGAACCCUAGUGAUGGUGCUAACUAAACAAUAUCAGAGUCUGAGAGCUCUUUGUGACAGUACGCAACUGGAAGCAACUGCUGCCUGGAGGCAAAGUUCAGGGUAAAAAAGUCCCACAUGGAGCGAGGUAGCUCCGGUCCUGGAGAGCCAUCAGCAACGGCCACAACUAAAUAAAUCUCUAGCUUUUAAAUGCAUCGAGCUGAUCUGAACUCAGGUAUCCUGCAUCACUUUCAGCUAGUCUGGACCCCAAAACUCUGCUGUGUGUCUCUCCAGGACCGGAGCUCCCGACAUUAGAAGGACUUGUGUGUGUAGAGUUUAAUGUGGACUAAUUCUUGUAGCUCUUACCACUCUUUCAAGUGGUGUCGGAUUUGUGGUGUCACGAUUUUUACAAUGUAAGCGAACCGACCAACCAACCGCAGCCGUUGAUUGAAAACAUACAAAUUCUUUGCUGAAUGUUUGUUGAACCUAAAUGAUUGUUAACCUGAAAGGCUGUUGCAUGAUUGGCCAGUCAACUUUAUUUACGGUUUUGCCCAAAUAAAGCACAUUUAAAAGGUCAGUCGGAAUAAUUAUUACCUGACUCUGUGAAAACUCACACCCGACAUUACUUGAAAGCUCUUUUAGAUCACCAGACGGACAGAGAAACAGGACAUGACAUCAGGCAGAGUCCCAAACAAUCCACCAUCCCUUCACCUGGUAGUAAUGAGGACGCCACAGCUGGACCCCACAUGUGUGUGUGUACGUGUGUGUGUGUGUGUGUGUGUGUGUGUCCAUCAAUCACAUGUAUGUGUAUGGAGGUGAUUUUUUAUGUGUAGCCUUGGGUGAUUGUUCCAUAAACAGUUGUGCUGGGGUCACUGGUUCAAAUGACAGAAUGACAGAAACCUGUUCUGCCUCUGUCAAACACACACACACACACACACACACACACACACACACAUUCUUGUACUUCUAUCUUUGUGAGGACCCUCCAAAUCUCAAAGGACCGGCUGAAAUGUCCUCACUUUGCAAAAAUGUCCUCACUCUGUUGGUUAAAAACGUGUUCCGGUCCUCACUAUGUAGGAAGUACAAGAAUACACACACACACACACACACACAUUCUUGUACUUCUAUCGUUGUGAGGACCCUCAUUGGAAUGGUGAAUUCCCUUGCAAAGGUUAUAAUCAUUUUGGAUUUUUCAUUAGUUUUAGCCUUAAUUUUUACUAGUUUUAGUUUUUUAUGGGGUAUUUGUUGGGUGAGAGAUUAAAAGAGGACACAGGAAAAUUUGCCUUUAUUUCCU